UAACCAUGAUGCAAUGGAGUAUCUCUGUAAUUCAGGAGAGCCAAGUAUUCGUCACUACUCUUAUAUUAGACCAUCUUCAUUGUUUGGAUCGCCCUUUCCACUUCACCGUUGAACUGGGGAUAUCUUGGAGAUGAGGUAAUGUGCUGAAAAAGUUGCUGGAAAAGUUGGCAAACUCGUGUGAAUCAAACUGGGGGCUGUUGUUGGUAAAUAAGAUAUCCGGAAUCCCAUGUCGACUGAAGAUCCUUUUAAGCUGCAGGAUAGUCUGGGAAGAGUUCACAUCCUUGAACACUAGGCAUAUCUCUACAUCUCCUGAAAAAUAAUUUACAGCCAGGAGGUAAUGUUUAUCCUUGUGCUGAAAGAAGUCUACACUGACUCUGCUCCAUGGUCGAUCUGGAAAUUUAGUACUUUUCAUUGGCUCAAUGCGUUCUCUGCGAUAUUCCUCAUGCGUAGCACAGUUUUGCACAACCUUUGAGAUGUCUUGCGAGAAUCCAGGCCACCACACGGAGGAGGCUGCAUUCGUACAUGUUUUGGUAAUCCCACUUCUGACACCAUGUUGUGUCCGGAAAGGUACCAAGACAGCAGACAUAAACUCAACAUGCUUUAAUAUGAUCGAUUCCUACAGCUAACACAAUUCUCUCCCGCUACCACUGGUCAGCGGUCAGUUAGGACUUCAUGUUACUACAAUGUGCAUAUUUAGAACCAAAUGCCUAGGUGUCCACAGCAACCCUGUGAGCAAAAUCACCAUGCAGCACUGUCACACUGAGUAAGGGAAAUUCAACGGAGAUAGGCUGGGCUAUGUACAAAUUAAAUUUUUAAGGAUUAUAAUUUUUAUAAGCUUAUCUAUCAAAAUAAAAAUACAAAUGUGAAUAUACUGCUGGCCAGUAUUGUCUUGAUUUUGUAUUCGCAUACAGCCACAUUUGCUUAUACUGACCUGGGUAUACCUAGCCUGCAUAGCUAGCAGUCAUGGGAGUAAUCAAGCACAGGUUAGAGGGGACACUGCCCAUCUGAUUGAGAUGACAGAUUUGUCUCUAUUUAUGUUGCCUUUCCAGUUUGCAUCCUUCUGCCUUUGUAAAGGUACCAUAAAAGUUCAGUAUCCUACCAAGUAUAAUUUGUUUGUAAUUAUGGUAUACAUGACACCAGGGUUUUAAGUGUGACUCACUAACCAAGACCACCACUGUGUCCUUCUCUCUUCCUGUAUAGAGCCCUCGACCAAGUCGGUACAAAAGGAUUUUUUCUGGAAUCCAACCAACAGGAACCAUGCAUAUUGGCAACUACUUGGGAGCAAUCAAAAACUGGGUUUCACUUCAACAAGGAAGCAAAGAUGCAGUGCUCUACAGCAUUGUGGAUUUACAUUCCAUAACCCUUCCACAAGACCCUGCCACAUUACGGCAGAGCAUUAGAAACAUGGCAGUCUACUUAUUGGCUUGUGGAGUGAACCCAGAGAAAAGUAUUCUUUUUCAACAAUCUCAGGUAUCCCAACAUGCAGAGCUGGCCUGGAUCCUAGGAUGUCUGGCUCCCACAGGGUUCUUGAAUCGCAUGCACCAGUGGAAGACUAAAGGAGGUGAAAAUAAAGAGAAAAACUGUUUGGGACUGUAUUCAUACCCUGUGCUUAUGGCAGCUGAUAUUCUCCUGUACAAAGCCACUCAUGUUCCAAUUGGAGAAGAUCAGUUGCAGCAUUUGGAACUUGCCAGAGAACUUUGUCGGCUGUUCAACAAUACAUAUGGAAACUUCUUUCCUUUUCCAAAAUCUAUUCUAGGCAAUUUCACUCGUGUGAUGAGCCUACGUGAUGCGUCCAAAAAAAUGAGUAAAUCAGAUCCACAAGAAAUGUCAAGAAUUGAACUGUCUGAUCCUCCAGACAUUAUCAAGAGCAAGAUACAAAAGGCUGUGACAGAUUCAGAAAAACAUAUAAGUUAUGAUCCACAAAGCAGACCAGAAAUGACAAAUCUUAUAAAUAUUUAUGCUGAAUUCAGUGGUUCAUGGCCAGAAGACAUUUGUGAAAAAUAUUGCAACAUGGAAAGGUGCAAGAGUACUUUCAAAACAGACCUCACUGAGCUUAUUGCAACCAAGUUAAGCCCAGUACGAGACAAUGUGCUCAAGAUUCAAAAGGAUGUUGGCUAUGUUGAUAGUGUUCUAAGAACAGGUGCAGAUAAGGCACGAGACAUAGCGGAAACAAACUUAAUGGAAAUUAAGACAAUGAUAGGGCUAAGAUGAGUAAAUUACAUUUAAACAGACCUCAGCAACAGUGGAAUCAUUUUAUACUGAAAAUUGGAGUUGCAAGACUUUGUGUUAGAGUUUUUCUAAUCACAAACAGAAAAGCACCACACAACAAUAAAGAAUAAUCAAUCCAUGAAAUACCUUACUUUAUUUGUCAAAGACUUCAAAUUUACUCUGUACAAUUACUGUCGUCUUUAUGCCAGGCAUUCCUUCACAAAACACAGUAAAUGUUAUUUUUUAACACCUUGGUUGCAACCUCAAGUGAAAUAUACAAAGCACCCACUAAAUUAUCUUGUGCAUUUUUCUUCCAUAUAAUUAUUUAUCUUCGAACUGUGCUACCUGGUUGUGUAUAAAGUAACUAGAUUUGAUUCUAAAUAAAAGAUCAAUAGUUUGUAUUUAUAAGUUCCCACAUUAAAUUUGUGCCCUAAAGUUGCACAAGUUUAACUUUGAGACCAGAGAAAAUGUUCCCCUUUCCAGACGUAAAAUUCUUCAGGCUUUUGUAGUUUGAAUGUCAACAAAUUCACCUUUGAUUUAGGCCCAUUUGAAAUAAAUGUCUAACAUUUCAUGUUAUACCUCUGUUUUAAGAGAUGAUGUAUAGUUUAUGUUCUAUCGGCUAUUUUUUCCAAAAUGUUCACUCCUGUUGUCCAAGUUGUACUGGUACACACAUGAUAAAUAGUGGAAAAUGUUAACAGUCAUGACAAAAGAACUAGUGAUUUCACUCGCAUAAUAAUCUGUAAUUUGUAAAUUGUACAUUAAUAAAGUAUACAUGUAUGACUGGA